UAUUUUUUUAGCUCCAUAACGGGGAACAUCCUUAGGCUACACAGUUUCGUUUUGCUCCUCUAGCUUUCAAAACACUCGUGAGCAGUCGAGACAUUGAUGAAGGGAUUUAUCUGAAGCCAGCAGUUUCAGCUCCACUCUCUUGCCAUGCCUUACAUUCCGUAGUCGAGGGGGGGCUUGCCUCUCCCCUGAAGUGGACACAGUGAUGAGUUUGUUGGACUAAAAAAAAAAAAUACAUGUAUCUUUCUUCCUUUGUGACCUUCCUUGUGUGUUCACACCUACAAAAAAGCUUGAACUGGCUCACAUGAGAUCAUUAAAGUGCUAGAAAUAUGUUAGCUGUGUUCAUGUCAUGCCCACUGACUUUCAAGGAAACCUUUUCCUUCCUGCAGCGAUUACAUUUCCAGUAAUUGUCAUAAAUUAAUUCCUAAGCACUAUUGCUCUAUUUUUUCCCUUUUUUUGAGGAGAUAACAUCACACUCAAACAGCACAGGAUUGUGCAAUAUUUGUAAGGCUUUGCUUUCCAGUGGCCACAGCAGCUAAUAUGUAUUGUUUGAGUGUGUUGACAUUGGUGACUGUGCUGUGACAUAAGUGACUUUGAAAGGCGAGGCUGCUGUAAAUUUUUUACCUUGCAGCACACCUACUCGUGGAAGCCCUGGGUUUAUGCUACUUCUGCGAAUGUACUGUCAGGUUCAGAAAAAAAAGUGGGAGCUUGGACUCUUAUAAAGUACAACCUCUGACUAGCAUGUUCUCAGACAUUGUAAAGCUGUAGCAAGACAGAAGGAGCUGUCCUGUUCAGGUACAGCUCACAGGAGAUUUGGUUUCUUCUGAUUUGGAAAAGAUUAGAAACAACUGUGUUUGCCCUUACUAAGGAAAUGAAUAGGAGUUUUUUUUUUCUCUUGUUUUUUUAUGAUCUCUUCAGCUUUUUUUUUCUUUGUCUUGUUUCCCUUUAGAGUGCUUUUCCUUGUCUCAGUUUUGAUCUCACUACAACUGGUUGGACUAAAAGUUUGACACUAAGAAGAUGCGAUCCAGCGUGGAUGGACACCCGCAUACCCUUGGGAGUGGAGAGACUAACGGCAACAGUGGGAGCAGCAGCAGCAACAACAACAACAACAACAACAACCACCACCACGGUAGCAAUGAGAACAUUGGAAACUCAGGAUCCCAGUAUGCACUGUGUGCUUUGGGAGUUGGCCUCAUCGCCCUCAGUGUGGUGAUGAUCGUGUGGAGUGUGGUGCCUUCAGACGUAGCUUUUAAUAACAGCAGCUCCGGCUCAGGGGAAGGUGGCGUGAGCGAAGAGAAGCGGAAUAAAGCGUCCUCUGUGGCUUUUGUGCUGAUUGGCUCUGGGGUAGCUAUGCUGUUGCUGUCUCUGUGUCUGGGAAUGAGGAACAAGCGGCGGGCGCAGCUGAGGCUGCAGGAGGCCCAGAACCAAAGACAAGAGACAUCACGGGAGCAAGAGAGACAAAUUGCUGAGGAGCAAGCGCAACGCUAUGCAGUACCCACUUAUGAGGAGGCGGUCAGCAGCGGCCAGUACCCUGUCCGUCAGAGCAACUUCCGCCCGAGCACCUCUCAGCUGCCGUCCUAUGAAGACCUGGUCACGGUGGACGGCAUACGGUAUGAGAAUGAAGAAUCAGGAGUCAUAACUCCCACAACACAACCCGCCCCAGCCACUGCUGCCGCUCCAAACCACAGACCUGGGAAAACCAAUCGCACUCUGCUCCCUAUUAAGAUACGCAGGAUUAAGUCAGAGAAGCUGCCCAUGAAGAACGCUCCCUUGCCAACAACCGGAAGUAGCAUUGAACCGCUCACCCCACCACCACAGUAUGAGGAUAAAGUUCCUCCUCUUUGACAUCCUCCUGAUAGUGUUUUAAAUAACUGACUGACAUGUCCUGGAGUCCUUUGUGAUCAUCUUUUGUGGAUCUGGAUAUCCUUGGUGAUGUCGAGGCUCAUUCUUGCUUUCCUCUGCCUUUGAAGGAGCAUUUUUGUUCACCUUAAUUCCGACCACAGGACAGAGAAAGCUUCUCUUUUACUGCGGAAAGGACGGUGAAGCCGGAUCCCUCAGUGACGAUGACACAUCUGACUGUCGCACAUUGGAUUUUUAUGGAGAUUUCUCGUACUAUUCUAGGUCUUCAGUGCUCUGCAUACAGAUGGGAUGAUGGCAGAGGAGGUUGAGGACUUUGGUAUGGGCACUUAUGUCUUGCAUGAGCAUUUUAAGGUGGAUAUGAGAAGCCUUUCUAUUGUGAGAAAGUGUGAGAACAAAUGGAAGGUCUGAAGAUUGUGGAAUUAUGCUUUGUGCACUUGUUACCUGAAUAGAUUCUAAAAGCCACAAAAUAAACUUUAAACAAGUUAGCUUGAACAAACUUAGUUACUAAAUCACAGAACUCCUGCGGAUAUUAGACUGACUGAAUCAUAACCAGCAUCUUUACCAAAAAACCAUAAAACAUCCCAGUGUAUUAAUCAGUCACUUAAUUUAGUUUACACUUUUGCGUCUAUUUAUAACGUACAUGUGCUUUUUUUUACUUUUCUUUAUUUUUGCUUCAAAAGCUGCAAGAAAACCCAAAUCUUCACAUUGCAAAAUGCCAAAAGAAUUUAUGCAACUUUUUAAGGACAUUGUGUUAUAUCUAAAUGGAGUGAAUGUAAUUUAGAAAAAAGCGUGGGGCGUUUUUUUACCUUUCUAAUUUUUUUUAAACAAAAAACAAGCAAAAAUAACUGUCAUUAAAAAAGAAAUAAAUAAAUCUUGGUUUCCUAGGAAUAAUGCUUGCCAACUGAAGCUGUUGUGAUAUGUUUGCCCUCGUUGUUUUGCACCAAAGUGAGUGCCUUAUAACCGAAUGUUUCACAACACGUUUUCUACCGUCAUGUUCUUUUAGUCCAGUGUUGCUUCAGCAGCAGCAGAAGAAGGCAUGCGCGAGCACGCUGGAAGACUGAAUAGCUGGAAGCUUUUGCCAUGGAGUCAUGGUGAGCUGUGAAGACAUUGUGUCGUCUGCUUUUCUGGAGUUUUUUUUUAACCCCUGGAUACUCAACAGAAAGACUCUUUGUGCAGCUGCAACAUCAUAACAGCUUGUCCCGCUCACCAUUGCUGCAUCACUAGCUGUGGCGCUCACGUUGAAAGUAUGCAUUCACUGAAAGAGAGCACGGCCUGCUCCAGGCUUCAUUCAGGGGAACGGCUCGAGUUUACAUUACUUUUUUUUCUGUUCUCUAAUUUCGUAGAUAUGACCAGCUGAAGCCAAAACAGCAUCUUAUACCAAUUUGCACAAAUAAAGCUUUUUUUCUUUUUUUUUCAAAAACCACUUCUAAAGGUUGGAAGUUUAAAAAGUGCCAGCUGGUUGUUGUCGGUGGAGUUGAAGUAAAUCAGGAUUUCUUUGCCUUAAAAGUGUCUUAAAGCGAAUCUUUGUCCUGCUCUGUAAGCAGCGUACCUCAUUUACAAAUGAACAAUUUACUAAAAGACUAGUUUUAUAUCUGAUUAGUGAACGUUUUUUUUACAUGACCGAUUGAUAAUGUUUAGGAGUUACUGUUUUUUUUUUUAAGUUUCCUUCUUUUAUGGUUUUCUUUUAUGACUAAAAUUGUCUUGUUUUAUAAAUAUACUGUGAAAAUGUGCUUUUCUGUGAUGAUCUUUAUAUUAUUAUUGUUAUGAAGAGUCUUUGGUUUAACUUUAUGAAUGUUCAUGAAUAUUUUAUGAUAAAUAAAAGGGAAAAUUAAAGUUU